UUAACAGUUGACGUAGUUGAAAAUUGCUCAAAUGGUUUCUUGUGUUCACCUAAUUUAACCUAUCUAAAAUUUUGUAAACUUGGUAGACUUGGUAACGAACAACGUUUUUUAACCAACAAGUGUGCAGACAGUUAUCUAAAGUUGUUCAACAAGCGUUCAUACAAUGCCAACAAAUGACGGAAAAGGUUUCAUGACAACAUUAAUUGAGCAAGUCUUUUGUUCGAAAAAGGAACUGAAUGAUAUUGGAAAUAGUGUGACGAGCCUUAAGAAUAAACUAAAUGCGGAAGGUACAAUUCUACAACCCUUAAAAGAUGAGUUCUUGACUGUUCUGGAUUAUUACUUACAACAGAUCAGAAAAUUAAAAAAAUGCAGAGUCUCUCGAAGUGUAUCACCAGAAUAUAUCAAUGUUGAAAAUAACAUACGCGACGUGAAAACAAAAUUGAAAAAAAUGCGAUUACAAGAAAGCCUGCUUCCCGACAUUAGAUUCGAUGUUCGAGACAUUUCUCUUAAGAAACAAGUUUUUCUGGGUAUCACAAAUAAAAUACAAAAUAAUGAAAUAUCUGUAGACGACUACAAAACACUUUUACAACGUGCUGUUCCAGAGCUGGUUGUUACAAAAAACAGCCAAUCCCCUUUUCAUCACGACGAACAACUCCAUGUGGCAAGAAUACUUUUAAAAUUGUUCUUACGUACUUCACUUGAAAAAGUCGAAAAUGGCGAGCUUGAUGAAGGCAAUCCAGACACCACAAGUACGGAUUUGACCAAUUCACAAGUUUCCACGGAAAAUAAACACAAACCGUGUACAAAUGGAACAGACAACUUAUUACAAAAGGAAAAAGUAAACUUAAACAGUAACGCAAGAAGAAUGCCUACUAAAAAUGUGAACGAAAUUUUAAACAUCGAAGAAACCAAGAUUUCAGACAUACUUGAAUCGCAUUCAACAUUUGUUGAAAAAAAACUGAAACUAGAAGAGUUAAAACAAGAAAUCGCCAAAAUAGAUGAAACAAAUGAGGCAGUAACUGAACGCAAAAAUAAAAUUAUACAGAAUCUGUCUAGUUUUAUUAUAGCUGAAGCUGCAGUUUACUCGAGACAGAAACUAAAAGCCAUAGAAGAUUAUCAAAACUAUGCUCAACAGUUCGCUUUUCCGAAGAGAAUUGAAACCUAUGAAGUCAGAGCAAGCGACAUUAAUAAAAUGACAAGUUGUAAAGAUUGCAUUCCUGAAGACAAUACAUUUUUCAGAGAGAGAAGAACCGUUAUCCAGAAACGGAUUGAUGAAACGCUCAAUAUUUUGAAAAGAAGAGCUGAGGAAAACGAAAACGCUAUAUUGGAAUUGGAGCAACUGGACAACAUUGAAAAACAAAUAACUGACAGUAAUCUGAAUAAGAAAGCAACAUUUUUUAUAUUUAAUCAUUACAGACAGCAGAUUGGAGAAGUGGAAGGUUUCAGUCCUAGAAGUAUUGGAAGAAAAAUGGAGGUUCUACAGCGUUUGCACAGUCUUGAAAAAGACUUUUACAAAGAGCAUUUUAAGGAGCUUUUACCUUUAGUGACUGAGCUUACCGAAAAGUACGAAACGUUAACUAAACAGUUACAUAAUUUGAACCUUGAUGAACCGUUUCAACAGGAAUCAACAAUUUUAAAAGGGCAGAUAGACGUAGAGAAAAUUAUAACUACCAAAAGUCCACCUGACAAUGUUCACACUUUAUUGAAAGUUUUUGGUGAUUAUUUUAAUCAAUAUUUGGAUACUUUGAAGAGAAUUAAUGACUAUAAAACAAACAUAAAAUGGUUAAAAAAUACACUGGAAAAUUUUCCGCAAAGCAACAUCACGGUUCAGGAAAAAACUUUAAAGGAACUUGAGGACAAAGUAGCUUUAUUUGAAGCAAACACGGCACAUGCAUGCUUUCUGGAAAUUCUGUCGAACAUAAAAAAAGAUAUAUCAAUAAAAAAAUCGUCAAUAAAAUUAAAUUACAUUGUUAAUAGUGAACUUAAGCUGCUUAAGGAAAACGCUGGUUCAAAACAUUGCACAUUUACUGAAAAGAUUGUGAAAAUAUUUUCUGUAAAAGAGAAUAUUGAAGACAUAUGUGGAGAAAUCCAAGAAAUGAGUAAUCAAAAGAAAUUAGCGAUGGAAGAAAUUGAACACUUGUUACGUGAUUUGGACGAACCACUAGCAGCAUUUGCGUUUAAAAAGAUAUUAUCUGAAAAUGUUUUGAAUAUUGAAAAAUUUUUCUCUAAUCUUAAUUUCAAACAUAUUGCGAACAAAGAAAGCGAAGAAUUCGUUAAAGAAAUUUGUUCGAAAGCUAAAACAUUUGAGGAAAGCAUUAGAUGCUAUUUUGGUACAAAAGAUUCCAUUGAUUAUUACAUAAUUCAUGAAAAUUUGAUGCGCUUAUUGGAGGAACUCGAUCAACUUGAAUGCGAAGACGACGGUUUGUUACAGGAGACAAUUAAAACGAUGAAUUAUAUAAAGGAUUUGAAAAAAAAAUUACAAGCCAAUGCCUUAUAAGUAUAAACCUUAAACACGUCCCGUUUUGUCAGGACUAACAUUAUAUAAAUAGAUAAGCAUAAUUAUUAUAAGAUAAGUUUAUUAUAAAAAUGUUACGAUGUUCAUUUUCAAUACAAUUCUAAUUAGAUAAA